UAAUGGGCCGGCCGCUCCUCUCUUCUGUGUAGCUGGACCUUACCUGUUCCUCGGUCCAGCGCUGCACAGUCUUCCCACGUCGGCAUCUGUAGUGUGGGCUCUCGGCUAAGUCUCUGGUCAUCUGUACUGUGUCCGCAGUCUCUGGUCAUUCCCUGUACUAUAUCCGCAGUCUCUGGUCAUCUCCUGUACUAUGUCCGCAGUCUCUGGUCAUCCCUGUACUAUGUCCGCAGUCUCUGGUCAUCCCCUGUACUAUGUCCGCAGUCUCUGGUCAUCCCCUGUACUAUAUCCGCAGUCUCUGGUCAUCUCCUGUACUGUAUCUGCAGUCUCUGGUCAUCUCCUGUACUGUGUCCGCAGUCUCUGGUCAUCUCCUUUACUGUGUCUGCAGUCUCUGGUCAUCUCCUGUACUGUGUCCGCAGUCUCUGGUCAUCUCCUGUACUAUAUCUGCAGUCUCUGGUCAUCUCCUGUACUGUGUCUGCAGUCUCUGGUCAUCUCCUGCACUGUGUCCGCAGUCUCUGGUCAUCUCCUGUACUGUGUCCGCAGUCUCUGGUCAUCUCCU